AAGAAGGAUUCGAAUUUUGAAAUUGAAAUUUUGAAUUUUUUGUCGCCUCUCUUUUUUGGAGGAUUUUGCGAUUAAUUAAUUUUUUAUAUACGUACCGAUUCUUAUUUUUACCAACGCAAACAGCUAUGCCCAUCAUUUAUGCGCUAACAAUAACCCAAAUGGAACGUAUUUGAUCGCUGACAGAUGAUCGUUAUUUCGAAAUUAGUCGGAGGAAAGAUCCGUACUACUUUAAUUUUCAUUCGAGUCAGGUUGAAGCUUUGAAACAAUAUUUUCAACGACUGUUUUCAGCAACAUGUCAUCGGACGAUGAUGAUUUCGUGAGCUACGGCAAUGCUUUGGAUCCGAUUGACGAAGACUCGAUACCGAGAAAGAAACCUAUUACGGCGGAAGAUCAGUACGCGAAAGAUGAACGCGGUCGUAGAAGAUUUCACGGUGCAUUCACCGGUGGCUUCAGCGCUGGAUUCUUUAAUUCGGUCGGAUCUAUGGAAGGUUGGAAGCCCACUGGCUUCAUUUCGUCGAGGACGAAUCGUACUCGUUCCAAAGAUCAAACGAUUUUCGAUUAUAUGGACGACGAAGAUACCGGAGAGUAUGGCAUAUGUCCGAUGUCUUUACAAGUGAAACCAACCUUCGAUGUGAAGUCAUCAUCUGCCGCGGCAGGCCAGUCUAAUUCCGAUAAACGUCGGAGAGUUGCUGCGUCAGAUCUGCAUCAUGUACUCGAUGCUUCAUUCGUACAAGAAAUGCUUGCUCCUUCUCGCGAUACGGUCGGCGUCAAACUACUCGUGAAAAUGGGCUGGCGACCGGGUCAAGGAGUAGGUCCUAGACUUAGUAAACGCGAAAAAACGCAGCGAAAACGAAAACUACGACAACGACAACCCAAAACCGUUAAAAAAGUGUACGGCUGUCGCUUACCUGCAGACAUCAGCUCUUCGAGUACGGCUGCUGCGACAACUGACGACGACUUGCACGAAUCCAGCAAGGGUGGCGGCGAAUCGGAAUCUGGAUCGGAAACGGAAUUGGAUUGCGAUUUGGAUAACAUCACGUUCGCGCCGAGCGAUUAUCAAGCUUACGUGGUUAAUCCGAAACAAAAUGCUUUCGGACUCGGCUACCAGGGUAUCGAUCGUAAGCCGGUCCUUUCGUCUAAGCGAGCCGAAUUUUCGGUUCUAACGGUGGCUGGAAAAUCAAUUAAAGGCCAGGCUUUCGGAGUAAGCGUGUUCGAAGACGACGACGACGAUAUCUACGGUACGGAAGACUUGUCGAAUUAUGAUUUCUCAUUGCCUUACGUCGGUGAACCGAAAAACGUGUCGAAAAAAGCCGCCGUCUCGAAGAAUACGAACUGCAUCGAAGGAUUCCACUUGAGCGCGACGAACGCCACUAUUACUAGAAAACCGUUCGUUUUACCCGUCAUCCCGGCAAAUUUUCAACCGGUGCGGGUGAAAAAAAACAGAUGGGAUUGCGCGACCACUACGAGUAAUAUUGUCAAAACCAAAAUAUCGUGCGCUCCGGAACGCUCGAAAGUGUUACAACUGCAGGAUGACGACGAGAAAGUGUGUCAAAAUACGCGUAUCGAAAUCAGCGACAUUCCACUUCCCGACCAGGAGAGGCCUGCACCGAAUAAAAGCGAUAAAAUCACGUCUACUACAGCUACCGUGGCUCCUGCUCCUGCUUCUGCUUCUGGGUUCAUGAAACCGUUUUCAUACGAUGCUGAAAAACAGAAUCGAUACGAAAAAUUUUUAGCUCUGAAAAAUGUCGCGCAUUCUUCAGCUAAACAGGAACUUUGGGAAGAAAUGUCUGGCAUGUAUCCCGCUACCAUGACCGAAUGGGAAAAAGAAAGAGAGAAAAGCGAAUUCGAACAAGCGGCUCGACUGUUUCGACCUUUAGCGGAAGAUCUCGACUGUAGGUUUACUCGCGGAUCGCAAAAAGAAAACGUCCACGAUAUUUCGGCACCGGUAGAGAAAAGUUACGAUGCCGAAUCGCAAGCAUUGCGAAACGCCGCUAAAAACAGAAUGUUCGGCUCCUUGACUAGAAAUAAGCUUUUGUGGAAACCGGAUAAAGUUGUUUGUAAACGAUUUAAUAUUCCAGAACCUUUCGUCGACGCCUCGUGUAGCGAAUCUUCAUCCUCUUUGAUACCGCAAAAUCGAAAAGGAGGUUCGCUGUUCGAAUUUUUGAAAAUGUCUACAAACAGACCAUGCGUCGGUGACAUUGAGACGCCAUCUUUACCGAAGCCCACCUCAUCAUCGACCUCGCAACCGGUGACUGUUGAACCCGAACCCGAAAACCACGUUAUCGCGGAGCAGUCAUUACCGCAAGUAAAGGAGGAAGCUAAUAUAGCCGUGAUUGAUGAAGAUCCAGAAAACCAAACUCUAAUCGAUAAUACGAGUAUUACCGAUAAAAUAGAUUUGUUCAAGGCGAUAUUUCUAAGUUCUAGCGAUGAUGAUGACGAUGACGACGACGACGACGACGGCAGCGAUAAUGGCGAUGACGCUAGUGAUCGAUUAAAUAAACGCGACAGCCAAACGACGUCCAAUUCUAAAUCAACGCCCGAAAAAAAAAUUCACACCGAAACGUCAGAAAUUAGUUCACCUAUACCUCGAUACGCCGAUAAGAAAGAAAUUAGAUAUUCGCCGGCUCGCGGUAUAUUCGCCAAUUUAGAUUUAGAAUCGCUGAAAUGUAGACCAUCUUUUCGAAAAAACGAACGAACCGAAUCGACGAAUGAUUCACGCUCUUCGGAAAGGACCAUCAAAUCCGACGCCGAUACAGCCGCAUUAUACGGCCCUAAAAUACCGAGCUCGCUUCUUACCGGCGCUGUUGCGAGUAGUAGUGUCAGCCUGGCUGGGAAAAUUCAAUCGCCAAAGUCGCAACAUUCUAGCUCUUCGUCGAUGUGGGUUGAAAAGUCCAACAAGCAUAGUCGUAAAGAUAAGAAACAUAAAAAGCAUCACAAGAAACCUAAGAAACAUAAACAUCGAAAAGAAAAGUGACAGCAUCGUACGAACUUGUAGAAAUCAGAAUCAGCGAAACCGGUCGAUGGCGUCGAGUUCGCAGUGUCUAGUCAUUUCAUAAACGGUCGCUCAUCCGAAUGCGAACGAAAAAGUCUCAUUUAUCUUUCGAUGAUGCUCGAAGAGGGAAAACACGCCUCUCUUUUCGAAGAUGAUGCGACUAACUUAUUAAAGUACGAUAUAAAAGUGUAAUAAUUUAUUCUAUGUGUAACAUUCGUUAGAUUACAAGCGAGAUUGAAAUUAGGAAUGCGAAGCGUAUUUGUUCAGAGUAACAUUAUUUUUAUUUUAAAAGUUAGAAAACGAGCCUUUUUUUCAUUUUUUGUACUCAUAGUUUGUAUUGUAUUGUAUUGUAUGGUUAUCGUUAUCAAGAUGUGAGUCAUAUGUCGGAGUAUGUAUUCGCACUUCUCGUUCGGCGCGCUUCACCUGUCAAUUUUGUACCUUAUGUUGCAUGAUUCGAAUUGUAGCUUUGCUAAUAAACGUUUGAUACCAUCCAACUUGAUUAUUUACAUGAUGCAACAGGUUCACAAUUGAAACGUGCGCCGAAAGAGAAGUACGAAUACAUUUACAUACUCCGACAUAUGACUCACACCUUGAUAACGAUAACCAUACAAUACAAACUAUCUCUCUAAAUUUGAAGCAGUCAAUUUCAUUACUGUUUUAUUCGGUAAAUUUGAAAUUUUGUAAAACUACUGUUAAACAGUUAAUCUGACUGCCUCCAACAGUCAAACUCAAUCAUGUAACUGUUGCAAUCAGUAUUAAAUUCUACUGAUGAAUCCAGUAAAAUUCGAAUGACUGUUUCAAGCAGUAAACUGUUUUAUUUACUGUUUAAAGCAGUAGAAAUUCACUGUUUCAAGCAGUAAACUGAUUGAUUUAUUGUUUUGAAGCAGUGAAAAUUACUGCUUCAAACAGUAAUCCUGAUCAAUUCACUGUUUAAAGCAGUAGAAAGUUACUGUUUCAAGCAGUAAUACUGAUUUAUUGACUGUUUAUAGCAGUAGAUUAGGUUUUGUAUCAUUGUUUAAGGUGGUAAUUUGCAAAAGUGUGUUCAGUUAUGAUUUUACACUUGUGCAACACACUUGUGUGUUUUCAAAACUUAUUAUACCUAUUAAUAUAAUAAAUAGAAAAUGAAUAAUUUUUUAGAAGUGAAACAGACCAACUUUCAACAAUCUUUUACUUGCAAAAACUAAAAACACGAAUCAACGACAGUGAAACCAAUAUUCUAACUGGUGAGUUAUUGAUGAAUAUUCCAAUUGAUACUGUGUAUAUAUAAGUAAGUAGGUACAUUCGUACUCGUAGAACAUAUCAGUUGGGAAUAUUUGUGAAUAACUUCGAAGUUCGAAUAUUGAUUACACUCGUAUCGUAUUCAAUGCAAAUUUCGAGCGAAUAUCGUUGAAAGAAUUAUCUGUUGAAUUGUGAAAGAAUUAGCUGUAGAAAACUUCAAUAUAAGUACAUAGAAUAACCUUAGAAUAAUACGUUCGCCAUUUUACAAAUUACUACCAUCAAAUGCAUUCAAAUUUCACUGUUUCAAGAAGGUAAAAAAUCGCCACUGGAACUACUGGAAGAAGCAGUAAAACGUACUGCCAAAAUCAGUACCAAUUAAAUUACGGAAAUGAUCAGUGAAAAACUACUGUUUUUAAGAAUACCUAGUUUUAGAUUACUGAUUUUAGCAGCACUGUUUUACUGCUUUUUUGCAGUCACGAUAUUUUGCCUUCUUGAAGCAGUGAAAUUUGGCUGUAAAGCAUUAAAGUUUCACUGUUUCAAUUUCAAAUAAACUGAAUACACUUUUGCAAAUUACCACCUUAAACAAUGAUACGAAAUCUAAUCUACCGCGGCUAUGAACAGUCAAUAAAUCAGUAUUACUGCUUGAAACAGUAAAUUUUUACUGCUCUGCUUUAUACAAGGAAUUGAUCAGGAUUACUGUUUGAAGCAAGUCAUUUUCACUGUUUCAAAACAGUAAAUCAAUCAGUUUACUGCUUGAAACAAUGAAUUUCUAUUGCUUUAAACAGUAAGAACAGUUUACUGCUUGAAACAGUCAUUCGAAUUUUACUGGAUUUAUCACUAGAAUUUAAUACUGAUUGCAACAGUAAAUGAUUGAGCUUGACUACAAAAAAAGGGUUAGUUUUCUAGCUCGCGCCAUUCGCCAUUGGCCCUUGAAUGUUGAAAGUUUGUUGUUUACACUAUUUUGUUGUACUUGUAUGCUCGCUCGAAGAAAUAAAAUUACAUCUCACAGCGAAUAAAAAUUGUAUGCAAUUUAUUUGGUAAAAACAUAAGUAUUUGUACGGGUAUAACAAUUAACAACAUUACAUUAUUACUCACUAUCAACGAAAAAUCACAAAACACAUACUCACGAGUAUAAAAAGAAUGCGAUGAUUUCAACGAAUCGCUUUGAAUUAUCGCACACGUUACACUUAUUAUUCGGAUCGACUUAAUUUCUAAACAACAGGUACUCUUUAAGAUGCGUUGGUAAAGGUAAAGCCAUUACUUUGGCGUGGAAGUUACGUAGAUUAUCGUUUAGAGUGUCGCCUCGAAGCUGAAACCGUACAACGUUUCGACAAAGCUGUUGCAAAUUAGAUCGAGUGAAUUCUUCGUCUCUCGAAAGCAACGAAUCGAUAAGCGACAACGAAGAAUAUCUAUGAUAAUUGUAAUACGAAGGUUUCAGAUCGACUAGGUAGUAAUACGUGGAGCGAAAUUUUUCAAAUUCUUGCUCUUGUGACGAAGACUGCAGUACGGUGGUAACCAAGUAUUGGCAUAACUGAUCCGGUUCCAAUAUGUGCGAACGCGAUAGCAACGAAGCUACGAUUUCGACUCGAGCAUCGCGAACAGCGUCCAAUAUCGGUUUGUAAAACGUUUCGUAACCGGUCACAAGAGUAAAAUCUUCAAAGUUUGACGAGUUAUCGUUAUUAUAGAGCUGUAAGCAGUAGUCGAAAGUCACGUCGUAUUCGUCUAGAACGGCCGAGUACGUGGAUUUAUCGCGAUCGGACCACUGCGAGUUGAAAACGACGGCCAAAGGAUUGGUAAAAUUGACCGGAGACUGUGGCGGCCAUUCGAUGUUUAGUCGGUCGACCAACGACUCAUUGUUACUGUAGACGAUGCGGCUGCGUCUUAGUAACAGGAGGCGUAAGAACUGGUCAAACGUUUGGUCGGCCAAAUCGUCACGAACGCUGAGUAGAUACGCCAGAGGGCAAAAUACGUCGAUACAAUGGUCGCUGUUUUCGACAUAAGGCGCUUCUAAAAUCAUCGCGCUCGCCUUCUCCAGUAAAACGCUCAGACACUCCACAGAGCCUGAAUUGAGCGCGCAACAAACUACCGGAUAGAAUAUACCGUGAUUUUUCAAAACGUACUCGAUUCUUCGGACGUAGAUUUCGCGCAGGUCGAUAUCUCUGACACGAUCUAGAAGCGUACGCAAAUUAGUGACAUUUCCGCCGGCUGCGGCGUACUCUAACGCCGUGAAUCCGUCUUUACUUUGCAUCGUAGCGCUAUCGCCGGCGUCGCGUUCCAGAAGAUAAUACACGCAUUCCUCGUUACCGCCAUUUCGUACAGCUAGCAUGAGCGGCGUGAUUCCAUCGUGGUUUUGUCGAUUAACGUCGUGGCCGUUCUUUUGCAGCAGUAAUCGUACGAUAGCCGAAUGACCGCGUUGGCAGGCCAAAUGCAAGGUUAAAUUACCUUCCGAAUCAGAGAGGCGACUCGAAGCGCCACUUUCCAACAAUACCUCGAAUACGAGCGGCCGAUCGUACAGCGCUGCCAAAUGCAAACCGGUGUAGCCUUGCCAAUCUUGAUGAUCGACCGAAGCUGCGUAUCGCAGUAAAUGGCGUACUAUGCUGGUGAAACCGUGGGCUGCGGCUACAUGCAAAGGCGAAGUGCCAUCCAAUGUUGUUGCGUUCGCGUCGCUGCCUGCUCUCAGCAUUAACUCGACGUUCUGUUGGCAGCCCUCUUCGCAGGCCACAAAUAGCGCCGUUUUGCCAUCGUACGAUUUGCUGUUCAAGUCGAGGUCUGCGUACGAGUACUUGCUGUAACGCAGCAAUAAUUUCAAGCAUUCGAGACGAUCGGUCCGCGAUGCGGCUAUGUGCAGCGCUGUCCAACCGCGAUUGUCUACCGAUAAACGUACGCUUUUUUUCUUUCUCUUUUUAGCGAGUAAUAUAUUACGCAGUUUCACUUUAUCGUUGUCACGAACCGAUCGCGAAAUACUGCCCAAUGAUUUGUCGUC